AUGAAAGUUGAGAGUUCGAAAGUCACCAAGAGACGUUUGUCUCCAGAAACACUUGAGCUGAUAUGCCAACGCGGAAUCGCACGAGCUGCAGGCAACCGCGCACUAACGUCCGAACUUGCAAAACAAUGCAGACAGGCGAUAAAAGAGGAUCUCAAAGAGAGGAGAGCAGCAGUAAUGGUCGAAGCUGCAGAGGCUGGGAAAAGCAUUCGCAAAGCCUACCAAAGCUUCGCCAAUUACUAG